UGUAGAGGUCCUUUGCUGUAGGUGACAUUCAUUUGUAGGGGCGUCGAUUGCACAGAGGAGUCGAAAUUACUCUUUUAACAAGACGAAAUGGCACAGGCGGUACAGAAACUGGUUGCUAAAGUACCAACUUUGGUUAGCGCCGCUGUAACCUACUCGAGACCUCGGCUAGCAACAUUCUGGUAUUACGCCCGUGUCGAGUUGGUGCCACCUUCCCCAGCCGAGAUCCCCCAAGCAGUUGCUAGUGCCAAGGAGCUCAUAAAAGGAUUUCAAGCCGGACGUCUCGGUCAUACGACAGUCAGGGAUGCUUUGAGGAAUGGUCUUGUUGCCACAGAAGUUCUGAUGUGGUUCUACAUUGGCGAGAUUAUUGGAAAGAGAGCCAUUGUGGGUUAUGAUGUAUAAAUGUGGACUGUCCUUGUUGCAUCUUUCCUUUGUCUAAGAUGUUGCUUUCCAUUUUGAACUUCUUGGAAUCCAGGAACUAAAUAAAUGUCUAUUAUUAAACAGAA